AUAACCUGUGAGCCAAUCAACGCGCGCGCGCCUGUACCGUUAAGUGAUACGUCUCGUUGCGUUGGCGUUCGGCGCAAAUCACACACCGAGAUUACGCGCUCCACACAAAACUGUGCGUUGAGUUUGCGCCGGACGGCAGUACGCGUCGGGAUAUGGUUCUAGCCGGAUCGCCGCCACCAACUGGACACUGGAUACGGUCUUAGUGAAAGUGAUUAGCCUGGAUUAGCUGAAACGGCGGGUGAAUUAAGCAAUUACUCGUGACACGAUGAGUAGCUUCGUGGUGAACAACGUGGCCGGCGAGUCCGGCCGCAAGCUGCCCCAGUACAUCGCGGGGCUGGCCGCGUCCGGUGGUGCCCUCGCUGCCGGUACCUUCCUGGGGUGGACCUCGCCGGCGGAGAUUCCGCUGGUGCGUGACUCCGAGUACGGGUUCACCAUCACGACCGAGCAGUUCUCGUGGAUUGGUUCGAUGGCGAACCUGGGCGCGGCGCUGAUGUGCUUCCCCAUCGGGAUCAUGAUGAAGCUGAUUGGGCGCAAGUGGGCCAUGCUGUCGAUGGUGUUGCCGCUGGUGCUGGGCUGGGCCCUCAUCAUCUGGGCCAGCAAUGUGGCCAUGCUGAUGGUGGGCCGGUUCUUCCUCGGUAUCGGUGGUGGUGCGUUCUGUAUUGCGGCGCCGACCUACACCGCGGAGAUUGCCCAGUCGUCGAUCCGGGGAACGCUGGGAACGUUCUUCCAGCUGCUCGUAACCGUCGGUAUUCUGUUCGUGUACGGCGUGGGGGCGGCCGUGAACGUACAGGUGCUGAGCAUCAUUUGCGGCGUUAUUCCGAUUGCGUUCGGGUUGAUCUUCUUCUUCAUGCCGGAGAGUCCGCACUAUUUCGUCGAGAAGAACCGCUACGACGAUGCGUCCAAAUCGCUCAAGUGGCUGCGGGGCAGCCGCUACGACGAGCGGGCCGAAAUCGAGGAACUCAAGGCGGACGACGCCAAGAUGCGCGAGGAGAAGAUCACCUUCGUGCAGGGCUUCCAGCAAAAGUCCACCAUCCGGGCGCUGAUCAUCUCGCUGGGGCUGAUGUUCUUCCAGCAGCUGUCGGGCAUCAACGCGGUCAUUUUCUACACCAACUCGAUCUUCGAGUCCGCGAACACGGGACUCAACUCGACCGACGCCACGAUCAUCGUCGGAAGCAUCCAGGUCGCGGCCACCCUGCUGUCGACCUUCAUCGUGGACAAGGCCGGCCGCCGGAUGCUGCUCAUGGUGUCGGACUUUUUCAUGGCCGUGUCCACCAUCCUGCUGGCGGUUUACUUCCAGCUGAAGCAAUCGGAUCCGGCCAAGGUCGCCGACCUCGGCUGGCUUCCCAUCCUGGCCGUGUGCAUGUUCAUCGCCAUGUUCUCCAUCGGGUUCGGUCCGGUGCCGUGGCUGAUGGUCGGCGAACUGUUCGCGAACAACGUCAAGGCGUACGCCAGUCCGCUGGCCGGUGUGUUCAACUGGUUGCUCGCCUUCCUGGUGACGAAGAUCUUCGCCUCGCUCGUCGAUGCGCUCGGCAGUGCCGGCGUGUUCUGGCUCUUCUCCGGCUUUUCGCUGCUCGGAACCGUGUUUGUGUUCUUCAUCGUGCCCGAGACGAAGGGCAUCUCGCUGCAGGAGAUUCAACAGCUGUUGGGAGGGGAGAAGAACGCGAGCUCCGCACCGCCGGCCUCCGGGCUGAACAAUCCGGCGUUCGACGAGAACAAGACGGAGGCGCAGUAGAGUUAUGUUGCCAGGAGAAACGGUUUUUUGUUGUAAAUAACUUCAAGAUUGAGAAACGAAAAAAUAAUGCUGGGACAUUGUGUAAGUUAGGUAGCUGUUGCAAACAAUCCUCGUUGCACGACGAUUUUAGAAUUGACUACGAGAAAAGUGUGGAAACCAGAACUGACGUGUUUUAUAAUUAUUAUUAUGUAUUCUUAUUUAUUUAAGAACAAAGCUCGCAUUUUGCCACUGAUUUGUUGAAUCGACAUAUCAAGAUAGCGAAAAAAGCCUCUAAAGUGUUAAAAUAAAAGU